UCGACAAAAACUCAUAGAAUCUACCUAAAACCCUAAACCCUAAAUUCCAUGAGCAUUAUCGUGUUAUGUGAUUGUUUGUCUCCUUGAAACGAAAGAGAUAAUUUUUGAGUGAAGAAGAAAGUUGCAAUGAUUGUCACUCGUUCUGCUUUGAUGCUUCAUCUCCAAAACCCACCAAUUCGCUACCAUUUCUUCUCCCACUUCCUCAAUCCAACCUUCCCUUCUGUAUUCAAACCUCGUCCCUUCUCUCUAACCACUCUACGCCAAACACAUGCCAGACCCUUUGUUAGUGCUGUUGCAUCAGCUUCAUCAUCACAAGUUUCCAAUGGCAGAGACACUUUCUUCGCAGAAGAAAACGUUUCCUGGACUGCACUCGGUCUCUCUGAUACUAUUUCUAGAGCGCUCUCUGAUAUUGGCCUCAAUAGACCUUCUCUCGUUCAGGCUUCUUCAGUACCGUCUGUGAUGUCAGGGAAGGAUGUUGUUAUUGCCGCGGAGACUGGGAGUGGUAAGACAUACAGUUACCUAGUUCCUCUUAUUGAUAAGCUAAGGGAUGCCCAGGAACAUUCUCUACAUGCUAUGUCUGAUCAGGAAGGGACCCCGACACAGAAAGUUCUGCUCAUCCUUUGUCCGAAUGUGCAACUUUGUGAGCAGGUAGUUAGGAUGGCCAGCAGUCUACGUAGGGAUGAUGGUGAGGCGAUAGUCAGUGUGGCUGCUAUUUGUGGUAGGCAGGGAUGGCCAAUUCGGGAACCUGAUGUCAUUGUGACAACACCUGCUGCCCUUCUGAAUUAUGUUGACCUUGAUAGAACCCGCCGCAUGCAAUUUAUGCGUGGUGUUAAAUAUGUGGUGUUUGAUGAAGCCGACAUGCUUCUAUGUGGGAGCUUCCAGAAUAAAGUAAUCCGCUUGAUAAACUUGCUCCGCUUCGAUGAGAAAGUCUUGUCUCGAUCAAAAAAAUCAGUAGCAGAGUUUUCAAUGAAACCUGAAUCUUCCUUGUCAUCAGAAGAUGCUUUUGAAGAAGGUGAAGAUGAACUACAAAUCGAAGCCACCUUAGAAGAGGAUGACACUGAUAAAGAGGAUGAUAUUGUUGAUAUUAAUAAUGAAGACACAUCUGUUAAACAAAGAGACUGGAGGAGAGUGAGAAAAACAUAUGAGCGUAGUAAACAGUAUGUUUUUGUUGCUGCUACACUUCCAGUGAAUGGAAAGAAGACAGCUGGAGGGAUAUUGAAAUAUAUGUUUCCUGAUGCUGAGUGGGUUUGUGGGAACUAUCUUCAUUGCCACAAUCCGAGAUUGGAACAAAAAUGGAUAGAAGUUACCGUUGAUACUCAAGUGGAUGAACUCAUAAAGGCUGUGAAUCACAGUUUCAGAUCUGAAGAUUUGGUUAAUGCUGGUGGCAUUCACAGAACAAUGGUGUUUGCGAACACUGUUGAGGCUGUUGAAGCUGUGGCAAAGAUAUUACUCCGAUCUGGAAUUGAAUGUUCACGCUAUCAUAAGAAUUGCACAUUGGAAGAGCGAGCACAGACCUUAGUUGAUUUUCAUGAUAAAGGUGGUGUUCUUGUAUGUACUGAUGCUGCUGCUCGUGGUGUUGAUAUUCCAAAUGUUUUACAUGUUAUUCAGGCGGAUUUUGCUACUUCUGCUGUAGACUUUUUGCAUAGGGUUGGUCGUACAGCUAGAGCUGGUCAAAUUGGACUUGUUACUAGCAUGUACACAGAAUCCAACAGGGAACUUGUCGAUGCAGUUCGUUGGGCUGAGAAACGUGGUCAACCUGUGGAAACUGCAUUUAGCAGGAAAAGAAGCUUCCGCAACAAGCUCAAGAAGAGGGGUACUAACAAAGUCAGAGAUUCAACAACUAAUAAAGAGAGAGUACUAGCAUGAGAAUACUAGAAUGCACCAAGGAUGUAAAACAGCAUCCUCCAGUGACAAGGUGAAGAACAUUAUGGGCCACUACAUUUAAAAGGUAUUAGUUGUUGCACCUACAUGGCUCACAGUAUAUGACACUCAUUUAACGGAUCCUGCCAUUUCUUGAGGAUCAUGUAAUUUCCAUGAAGCCAUCUUCCAUAUCAGAGUUAUAAUUAAUGCAGACAACUAUUUUUGUAAUCCCUUUUGUUGGUUUAAUGAGCAGUGUCUUAUCCCAUCAUCUUUUAAGGUAUCUAAAGUAUGGAAAAUAUCCAAUAGUGUGUCUGUAUGUGGGAAACCUUUACCUUUGUUCCUAUAAAUUUCUUUUUUAAUGUAAAUUAUGAGCGAUUGCAUUGCUCUCCUUAUUUUUGCCUCAGUACUUAUAAUUGUAGCUUAAAGAUUCUAAGCAGCGAGACCUAUCAAAUACCAUUUUAUAUCCACAGAUUUGUUUAUAUGCA